AUGCGCGCCAGCACUCUGGACGUCCUGGGGCAGGAGUACAUCCAGACGGCCCGCUCGAAAGGACUGAGCGCGGGCGUCGUCAACUACCGCCACGUCGCACGCAAUGCACUGCUGCCGAUCAUCACGAUUCUCGGCUUUACGAUCGCAGGGAUGUUUGGCGGAUCGUUGAUUACCGACCUCAUGUUUGGAAUACCGGGGAUCGGGAGGCUCGCGCUCGAGUCCGUUUUUUCCCGUGACUAUCCGGUGAUCAUGGCGGUGACUCUGCUCGGCGCCACGUCGCUGGUGAUGGCAAAUCUCAUAAUCGACAUCGUUUACACGGUUGUCGACCCCCGGAUAAGGCUCCAGUAG